GAUUGUAAUUUGCUAGCUAGCACUCUCCGGACCGGGUUGUAAUGGCAACUGACUGGAUGGAACAUCAACUUUUGUAAUUUAUUUGAAGGAAGUUUCAAUUAAGGAGGUUUUAAACAAACCUUGAGGAAAUUAUUUCUAAUGUGAGAAACACAUUUUCGGUCCGAAAAUGUCCCAGGGAUGUACAAUUUCUGUGGAAGAGAUCCAGUCUUGGUGGGAAGUCCCCGCCAUAGCCCACUUCUGUUCGCUGUUCAGGACUGCAUUCAACCUACCAGACUUUGAAAUUGAGGAGCUGGAAGAGGCGCUACAGAAGCAGGACACAGACUUUCUGGCUGACCUCCUCGUCUCACUGCUGCAAGGAUGCUACCAGCGCACAGACAUCACUCCCCAGGCGUUCAGCAGUUAUCUGGACGACAUCAUCAACUACCGCUGGGAGCUGGAGGAGGGGAAGCCCAACCCCCUGCGCCAGGGGCCCUUUGAGGAGCUGGCCCCGCGCACACAGGUGGAGCUGCUGCACAGGCUGUGUGACUACCGCCUGGACGCCGCAGACGUCUUCGACCUGCUCAAGGGUCUGGAUGCGGACAGCCUGCGCGUGGAGCCGCUGGGGCAAGAUGGGAGCGGUGCCCUCUACUGGUACUUCUAUGGUACCCGCAUGUACAAAGAGGAGCCGGUCAAGAAGAAAGCGGAGCAGCUCGAUGAAGCCCCUGAGAUAAAACCAACAGAGAAGAGGAAAAGGGGAAGACCACCAAAGAAGAAAGUGGAGGAGAUCCAGCUAAGUGAGGUGGAGAGCGAAGUGAAGGAGAAUGGACUGGAAGGUCUACACUCGGGCACAGACCGGGAGCGCGGUGCCUGGUCCUUGAUGUGUGACACGGAGGAGCAGUGGGCCAGUCUGGCCGAGAGCAUCAGAGACAAAACGUCCCCCCAGGACCGCCACCUCUACCGCAUCAUCAGCCAGAACUUCCUCCCUGAGAUCAGCAGCAUGAUCGAGCACAAGGUGAAUGAGCAGAAGCAGAGGCUGCUGGACCCCACCCCAGUACGCAGCUCUUACCGGCUCUCUGAGAAACGUAUGAGCCAAGAGGAGGAGGACACGCUGCAGGCCAUAGCCAAUAGGGGGCAACAGAAACAGAAGGACGAGGACAUGGACAGGCAGGCCCUGCUGAUGGAGCAGAGACGAGAAGAGGAGAUGCUGCUGCAGGAGGAGCGCCAGAGAGAGGAGCUGGAGAGACUCCAAGCUGUGGAAGAGCGAGCGCGGCGGCGGAAACUGCGUGAGGAGAAGGCCUGGUUGAUAUCCCAGGGGAAGGAACUGCCCCCCGAACUGCUGCACCUGGAGCCCCACUCACCCAUUCGACGCUCCCGCAGGACAAAAGAGUUCUAUGAAAUUGAUGAUGAUUAUACGGCGUUGUACAAAGUGUUGGAGGCCCUGAGAGCCCACAAAGAUGCCUGGCCCUUCUUGGAGCCUGUGGAUGAAUCCUAUGCCCCCAACUAUAAUGCAGUCAUUCAGACUCCGAUGGACCUAUCCACCAUCGAGACUAAGCUGAAUGAAGGGGAGUAUAUUGCCAAGGAAGAGUUUGUGUCUGACAUGAAGCUCAUAUUUGAAAACUGCAUUGAGUACAAUGGGGAAGACAGCGAGUACAGCAUCAUGGCAGAAUCCCUGGAGCGUUGUUUCAGCCGGGCGCUACUGAAGCACUUCCCUUCGGAGGACGGCGACACGGAUGAGGAGUUCCACGUGAGCGGCGAGGACCGUGAGAGAGACCGCAAGGAGAAAAGGCGAAGCAAAGGCAACAAACAGGCAGGGCCAGAAAGCUUGAUCCGAGCCACCGAGCAGGCCUCACGCAAACGGACACAUCCAGGGGGCAAGGGCAGCACCCCAAUGGAGGAGGAGGGGAAUAAGCCAGCACAGCCACCCCCUCCCCCCCACUGGGCCAAUGGACCCCCACACCCCCAUGGCAUACCUCAUGGACAACCCCAUCCUGGGAACCUUUACUACCCAGCACAGCAGCAGCUCCAGCACCCCCCUAAUCCCCACGGCCCAUACAUGUACGGCCAGAGGAUGGACCCCGGCUACGCCUACCCUGGACAGGGACGCAUGCCCCGGCCUGGGGAUCCCAAUGCUCAUCACAUGCCUCAACAUUACAGCAUGCAGCCACACAUGCGUGAUGGACACCACGUUGGCCAUGGAUACCAAAUGGGGCCUGAUGGCCGGCCUCUUCAGCCACAGCACCACCGGCAGCAGCACCCCUACAUGGGUCCCACCCAUGGUCCCUCACUGGGCCCCCGUCCUGUGGCCCUCCAGUCUGGGGGCCUCUGCACCCCCAUGCCCGACAGCAGCAUGUACUUGUCCCGCCAGCGCACCAACGGCCACCCCCUACACCCCGGAGGGAACUGCUACCCCGGGCCUGACGUCCCACCACGACACAACUACCCAGCCUUCCAUCCAGGUAUGGGCAUGCCUCCUAACAUGUGGUCAGGGAUGAACCACCAAGGCCAGGAGAGGCCCAGUGGACCUGGGAAAAAAGUGCAAAAUAUGGCUAACCACCAGCAGCUCUCUUAUAACACUGGGGUUCCUCGUCCCAUGGGCCCCAAACCCUGGCCAGAGCAGCCUGGGGGCCCCGGAGGGUACCCCUCUCAUCCCAAUGGACCCCUGGCCCUGCGGACCCCCAUGCCUCAUCAGGACUCCAGGCAGUGUCUGGCCUCCAUGCUGGAGAGCCCAGAGAUGAUUGCCCUGCAGCAGCUGUCUGCCUCCUCCACCGGACUCUCUGCUGGCUCCUCUCACCAGGGCAUGGGCAACUUCCAGCAGCAGCCCCUACAGGGUGUUGGCAGCGCCCCAACUCACCCCUCGCAGUACCACCCUCUCCCUGAAAUUCAGCUGCUACGUCUUGCCAGAGACAAUGGCCCGGACAGCCAGGCUGCCCAUCACGCAGAUUUGAAGCCGAAAGGGUCCACGUCAGAUCCCAAAACAUCCAACAACCAUGCAGGAGCUCUGGUAACCCCCGUCCCAUCUGAACAGGAACACACCUCGUUCCCCUGUCCCACAGAGCCUCCCAGUCGCCCCACUCGGGGCAUGCAGAGCCCCUCUGCUCCAAACUGGGGCAGAUCACAGGAGAGGGUUAGCGGGACCCGGGAGCAGGCUGCGUCUGGGCUGGGACUCCCACAGAGCUCAGAGACAAACAACAACCAAGAGGGGGAGAGCAGAGGACAAUCUGUCAGCCAGACUCCCCCUCAUCAGAACAACCCUUCCAUUGUUCAUCCUCCUCACCCACACAAUGCACCUCACUCCCAGAACUCUCGUCACUCCCAGAAUACUCCACAGCAUAUUACCCAGAGCCCCCCCCAGCAAAUCCUAGAGAAUGCCACUUGUCUUCAGAACGCCCAUCAGCACAAUACCCAGAAUGCACAGCAACAAAACAUCCCUCAACAUAUCACUCGAAAUGCCCCACAGCAAGGAUCCCAUAACCCCCACCAACAAAACUCUCAGAACACACCUCCACAUGUGGCGCAGAAUGUUCCUCAACCAAUCUCCAUGCAUGGAAUGCCACAGAGCGCCCCCCAGGGGGCCCAGCCUGGCCCCGGUCCAACCCAGCCAGCACCUCUCACCUCCCUGCCCCCCAGCCACCCUGUGUCCCAGUUGCCUCCCCAGCCCAGCCCAGAUGACCAGAGGCCAAGCGAGCCCACUAGCAGGAGGGACUCUGGAGACAGUUCUGGUAACUCCAGCAUGAUGAAGUCUGGACCUCCAAAUGGCAUCUAUAAACAACAGUCGUUCAGUCCCAAGGCACAACAGACACAACCCGGUAACCAGGGGCCAAGGGGACUGGCACCUGGUCACAACCCAGCCAUGCCUCCCCACUCCCAGGGCCAGGUCAAUGGAGCCAUGUGUCAAUAUGGCAUGGGCAGCCCAACACAUCUGCACUAUGGUCAACCUAUGGGCAAACCCAUGCCCCCUUCAAAUCAACAGCCUUACCCGAACCAAUCUGUUCCCCAGACCAUGAACCCCCACCAUAACCCUGCCGGCUACCCCACCUACCACCAGCAAGGAGCUGCCUAUCCAUACCACAUGGCCCAGCAGCAGCAUCCCCAGGGCCACCCUAACAUGUACCCCCAGUACCAGCAGCAACACUUCUACCCCCAGCCCCCGGGCAACAUCCGGGGGGGCUACCCCUCCGAGGAGUGGCACAGGCAGCAGCAGUACCAGCCUCGCCACCCCAUGCCCUCCAACACCUACCUGCCUGCAACUAGUGCCAACGUCAAUGGGCGCCUGAAGGAGGGCAGCAGCAUGGGCUCCCCCCUGGGCUCUGAAGGCUCCGGGGGCAGCCUGAUGUCCCCCAAUCCCCUGCCCGAGGGCCCCCGUGGAGGAUCUGUGGAGAAGGAGAGUAGGGAGGCUGGCAGCCCUGUGAAGCAUCAGCCUGCUCUGGUGGAGGAGAGCUCGGAGCGGCCAGAGAGCCCCAAAGAGAUCCUGGACCUGGACAGCCACAACGCUGCCGCACGCCGCCGGAGUGCCCAGCCCCCACCUCGCAUGGCCAACUUCCUGUACGAUUCCCGAGCAGUGCAUACUGGGAUGCAGCAGGGCGGGGCCCCGCCUCCCCACAUGAUGUCCCAUGCUCCAUACCCCAACCAGCCAGGUUACCCCAGUGGACACUACGCCCCGCAGAGACCCCACCCCCACCUCAUGGAAGCCCUGCACCGGCCCCAGCACCUUCCCUUUCCCCCGGGGCAGACCCGCAUGGCCAUGUACAGACAUCCCCAGGCCGGAGGCCACUUCCAGGGCAUGAUGGUCCAGCAGAGAGGCCUGGCGCCCGAACACUUCCUUCACCCAGGGCAGCAGAUGAUGUCUCCCAGUGGUCCCAGCAGUAAACAGGGAGUUUGAGCAACUCUGUGGGAGCAGGAUGAAGGACAAAAGCAACAAACACCUGUACACAAAGCAGUGCCUGCAUUUCAUCCAUCCAUGACGAUAACCCGUGUGGUUGCCUGUGUGUCUCCUGUCAUAAGCCUUUAAAUGUGACUGUGCUGUUGGAACCAUGAUGAUCUCUGCUGUGGAGCGGCUCAAAAUGGAGUCUUGGCCGUUGUCUUUUCUCUGUCUGUCUGUGUCAAGGGGCACCAGUAACUACUGCUCUCACUGCAUCAGACAGAAGAUAUGCAGUGUGUGCAGACAAGGGAAACAUAUUUAUUUGAGAAUCUCUUUAGGGAAUGAGUUCUUUGCCCCUCGGGCGGCUGUCUGUCUGCUUCAUGUGGAACCCUCACUGAGACUGCCUCUAUGCAGAGACAUGGCUCUGUCUGCCAGUGGACUUCCAGUUCAGACUGUGUGUACAGCUGGUCCCUUCCUGCAAGAACAUCUGGAGAUCCUGCUCCUCUAUCUGCAGCCUCACACUGGUUGGACAAAGCUACUGGUCAUUGGGUUUUGUCUGGAGGAAGGCUCUUCCCCUGACUAUAGCUCUCCUAUGGACCUUCAGCCCCUUCGGUCCUGUCCAAACCUCUACAGAAGAGAAAAAUGGAUCCGGUGAUGAGAAGAGGGGGCUGGUGUUAUUGUUUCUUUGGGGUUUUUUCCACAAACGUUUUUAAACUCAGGUGUAGAAAAGGAGAAACUUUAAGACUGAAGAGAAGCCGUCAUCAGAACCCUGUCGACAGACGGGCCUUGCCGUUUACUUUUUGUUGAAUGUGUGAACGAUAGAUAUAGACCUGCAGAGAGCCUUCUCUGCUAUGCACUAGGGAUAGUCUACACAUACUGGAGUGGCCUUGGAAUUUUUACGUUGGUGCUUGUUUUAUAUAUAUAUAUUAGUCGAAGUUGGAAGUUUACAUACACCUUAGCCAAAUGCAUUUAAACUCAGUUUUUCACAAUUCCUGACGUUUAAAUCUAGUAACAAUUCCCUGU